AUGGAUUGGUUCUCAUGGCUAUCGAGAACAAAUCUCGAAGAUUCGCUCACAUACGAGUACGGUCUGUCCUUCUCACACAACGAGCUAGAAUACGAAGACAUUGCUUACUUUAACCACGAAUUUCUCAAGAGCAUGGGUAUCUCCAUCGCCAAACAUCGCCUCGAGAUCCUCAAGCUCGCUCGCCGACAUAGUAAACCGUCUCGUUCCAUUUCCAGACUACUCCUGAACGCCAUUAGGAAAACCGGGGACUAUGUUCGUGCGUCCUGGAUCAUGAGACGUGAGGAAUCAUCGUCUCAGGCUCUCGGAAGAUGGUCGAAGAGGAACAAGAGCAACGGAGAUGGUAGCUGUGCAAGUAGCAAGGAAGAGAGACUUCUGCUGAUGAAUGGGACUCCAUGUAGGCUCGAUAGCUUCUCUAGUUCCACGGGUUUCGAUCAUUACCGUUUGCAUGAUGAUGUUUGUUGUGGGAAAAUUUUACAAGAGGAGGUUAUUAUAAAGUGGGAUUCAAUGUUCCAGAAUCUGAAACCUACUUGAAAUAAUCAGAUAAAAUUAAUAGUGGGUUUUAGGGUUCGAACUUUCUUGUCUGUCAAGUGUGUGUGUGUUUCUUCUAUGUUUGGUCGGAGUAAUUAGAUUUGGUAGACAAUGUAAUAACAGAGGAGUUAGUUCUGUGUUCAUGGUUACCAAAAGUUUA